CUAAUUCUUCAUUUUAGAGUCAAAUCCACAUAUAAAAACAUGGUCAUCGUCAAAGGUUCCCAAUAUGAAUCCCCUUCAGUCAUGUUGCAAGGUCAUUUGGUGUUUUCAUUGCCUGAUACGAUGUCUGCUAAAAGAAUUAGUUUAAAAUUGGUUGGGAAAUAUAAACUAGAUUUCCUUGAAGUUUUAUCUCAUUCAAGAUCAACAGUAUCAAGUCCUGUUAAACAAGAGGCGGUUAUAUUUGAAAUAGAUUGGGAUAAUUUGUUGGUCAAUGCCGAAGUCUCUGGAAGAUAUACAAUCAGUGGCUCUUCAACUCAUGCCAAAAACUCAAGUCCUCAAAAAAAACUACAUAGAGCAAAUGCUCCAUCUUCAUUAACUUUACCUGUUAAUGGUGUUUCAGGUACCCCUUUCGAAAACAUCUCAACCCCAAAUGGUACUUCGUUUAUCUUACCUGGUGGGAAUUAUGAUUUACCUUUCAAAUGUGUUCUUCCAGGUGAUAUUCCAGAAACAGUGGAGGGUUUGGUGGCAGGUUCAGUCUUGUACAAAUUUGAAGCUUCAAUUGAUAGAGGAAGUUUUAAAUCACCUAUAAACAAGUACAAAUAUUUUAGAAUUUUCAGAACCUUGUCAAGUGAUAGUUUACAAUUAUCAGAAACUAUGUCAAUCGGGAAAACUUGGCCUGGGAAAGUUCAAUAUGAAGUUAGUAUUCCUGCCAGAGCUGUUCCAAUUGGUGGGAAAUCCCCUUUAAAUAUUUUAUUGGUUCCUUUGAUUAAAGGUAUGAAGUUGGGUCCAAUUAAAGCUCAAAUUAUUCAAUAUUAUGCAUUUAGAGGUGUCACAGGUGAUGUUUAUGAUGAUCAACAACAAGUUUUAGAUUUAACAAUGACCCAAAUGGAGAAUCAUAUACUGGAUGAUAAAUUAGCAAUUGAAUCCUUUAUUGAUCUACCUUCAAAUUUGAAGAAAGUUACACAAGAUUGUGAUCUAAAAGAAGAUUUGAUCAAAGUUCGUCAUAAAUUAAAAGUUCAAAUAAAUUUGAUUCAACCAAAUGGUCAUGUUAGUGAACUUCGAGCAAAUUUACCAAUUAGUUUAUACGUUUCACCAAAAGCUGAUAUGACUGGUCGUACUAUUGUUUUAGAUAAAAAUGGUAAAAUUCAUUUUAGAAAAGAAGAAGAACCAUUAUUUGAAAGAAAUAAACAUCUUCCAGGACAGCCACAAGCAACAAAUCGUGAAGCUAAUUUCCAAUUGGCUCAAACUGAAGAUUCUGCACCUCCAAAUUAUGAAGCUCACAUUUUUGAUAGAUUAUACGGUGAUACAAGCUCUGGAAAUAAUAGUUCAACUAGUGGA